AUGGACGAGCCACGCGAGGUGAGGAACGAGGACGGCACGGUGCCCAAGUGGGCGCGCCGCGUCACCGACACCUUCGUGGACGCCACCGGGAUCCGGGAUGCCAAGUAUCGCGAACUCGUCGAGUCGAUCGAGGCUGCCGAGAAGGCGACCAACGGCGUCUUCUCGUCCAAGAGCGCGGGCGGAAUCCUCGACAUGAACGCGUACAGGGAGAUGGAGGAGGAGGACCGCAUCGCGAUGGGGAUCGAGCAGGCGCGUCGGAACGCGGAGGCGGCGCAGCUGGCGAAGCUCCGCGCGGAGAGGGAUCGGAUCGACGAGGAGGCGGCGAGGGCGAGGAUCAAGGCCGCGACCGAGGCCAGCCUGGCGGCCGCGCCGCGCGACAAGAAGAAGGCGGACGCCGCCGGCGCGCCGUUCAAGCUCGUGAAAGUGGUCAAGAAGAAGCCAACCCCGGCGAAGCGGACGACGGAGGAGACGGAGACCGGGGACGGGGACGACGCGGGAGGCCUCCGCGGUCUCCUCGGCGGCUACGGCAGCGACGACUCCGCCGACGGCGUCGACGUCGCGCCGCCGACGACAGGAUUCGAACCCGCGACGAUUGAACCCCCUCCGCCGCCGCCGGUUGAAUCGCUCGACCCGAGCUCCCCCCGGCCGCCUCCCCCCACCACCCUUCCUCCCCCUCCCGACGCGGACCGCUCGGGCGACGAGCACGAUUUCGCCGCUCGAGAGACGGCGAGGGCGUCGUCGCUCGCGGCGGAGGAGGAGGAGGAGGAGGCCGCCGUCGCGGCGAGGAUGAAGGAGGAGGCGCGCGCGAGACGUCCUUUCCGGGAGGAGCGCGAGGGGCGCGAUGCGACGGCGAGGCGGGACGAGGCGGAGGCGGAGGAGCGAGGGUGGGCGAGGGGUGGGAGCGGCGGGGGCGAGCGAGAGGGUGGCGGGAGGAGGACGAGGAGGAGGUCGAGGUCGCGAUCCGAGUCUUACCCACGGCGCGUCCGGCGCGGCAGGGACGGGAGUAGGGACAGGAGCAGGAACAAGAGCAGAGACAGUGACAGGAGCAGAGACGGGGACAGGAGCAGGAGUAGGAGUAGGAGUAGGGGCAGGGACCGGCGGGACCGGCGGCGACGAAGUCGGAGUCGGGAGCGCUGGGAGCGGCACUACUCCGAGAAGUUCGGCCUGGACGACCGAGGGGCGAACGCGGGGCGCGACGGCGGGAAGAGCGUGGAGGAGUGGACCAAGUACUACGAGGAGAAGUACGCCCUCUCCAAAUAG